AUGCUUCGGCGAAGGGGCUCAGCACCGGCCGUUGUCCUUCAACAACACUUCUCCGAGACAAGAGGCAUUCUUCUAAAAACAGAUCGCAUCAUCCCACCUCCAGAUGGGCAGCCAAAACUGUCGAAAACGAAACGCGGAGGCAGAAAAGAUUAUGAGCGAGGAUGUAGCCCACCCCCGCCUCUAUCUCUGAUUUCAGCGAACGAUUUGAACCAAUCUUUUGACUAUGACAGUCCUUCGCCCAAAUGCCCAAGUCCUGUCUCUCCAGGAUCACCCAUCUUAAACAAAAAACCGGCGAAAAAUCGUCCAAAACGAAGAGACAGCUGCAGUGAACCUUUUAUUGGACAGGCAUCGAAUCCAGUGUCAAAUACAAAGAACGCCUCUACUUCGCUACAAAGACGCAGCAGUUCUUUUAGGGAUUACAAUAUUGUACUGUUAGGUCAAGGAGGUGUUGGAAAAUCAGGUUAGUUCAAUAAGCGUAGAUGAUCUUUGAAAUCAUAAUAAAUGCACUAAUUUUCUAAACUUCUCCCGUCAGAAGUUUGAUACUAAAACAACAAACUGAGAAGCGUGAUAGAAAUGGCUGUAUUUGGAAGGUCAGGAUUAAUAGAUUAAUUAGAUAAAGAGCAUAACUCGACUUUAUUGCAACGAGGCCACAAAAAUGGUUACAUCGUACAACUGGACUGGUUUAUAAUAAAUGGGAAAAUUGAAAUGAUGAUAGCCCUCUCUAAGUGACGGUAACUUUAAUGAGUAGCCAUCAUCGUUAGCGUGACUUGUGUGAAUGAUACUCUGCGCGAGGAAAGGGGCAUUUUAAUACACGAUCCAGCUGUGCUAUUUUUCAAUAUUAAAGAAAAGUGUUGAAAAUGCGUGCUUUGGAGAGGAAACUGUUAAAACAACAAAACUUGUAUACAUGUAUAACACUAUGCAAAUACUUAACGGGUGAUUGUUGUCGUAGAGCGGUGCGCUAAGUUAUAGGACACAAUAACACUUUACGAUGAAUCCUAACCAAUUUCUUCAAAAAAGAUUCUGUCGGAUAAAAAUGAAUGAUUUUCAUAACAGGAACUCUUAACAAAGCAUUUCCUAAUCGCUUUAGUAAAUAUUUUUCGGCUUCUUUUUGAGAUCUUUUCAUAACUGAAACUCAAUAUCGAUAUUUGUUUACGUUAAGGAGUAAUUUGUUUCUUUUUUUUCCGACAUCAAGUAUAUAUUGCCAACCCGUCAUAUCGUCCUUUGCUACGAGUGACUCCUCUGAAUUUUACGAGGUGUUCAAUGAGUUAACGUCUACUGGAAAAAAAGGAUAAGUCUGUCCACAAUUCUAAACUUUGAAUCUGCAUUUAACUUAAGUCUUUGCAACUGAACCAAUAAUCGUGGGCUGUGGCUAUAUGCCCAGCUGCCGGCAAGGGUUUUAAAAAAACUAAGUGCCCGGCAGUCGGAAAUUUUUUUAGAAUCUCUGCAAAAUCCCUUUUUCUAAUCGUUCGAGAAUAUUCUAUCUUCAUUUUUUAAUUACCAAGCGAUCAGGAAAACAAGAUUGGCCUUCGCAGCUGGAUGGUUGUGGUUUCUUGGGCAAAGAGUGCAGUCGACGUUUUUUCGAUGCUAGAAAAAUUUCGUGAGAAGCAGUGCCAGACUUCCGGGCACGGUUUAUCCUCAGCCUUAAUGCCCGGCAGUCCGAAUUAUCAGGGGAAUUUCAACAAAAAGUAUUUCACCUACCUUCAGAGUAGCCAAGCGGGUGUAAAGGGUUAAAUAAACGGUUUAACAUGUUAAAGCAGACUGCCGAGAUUAUUUAAUAGCCUGUGUGAAAACGUGCCGGUGAGUCACGCGCGCUGCUACUCACGAAAUUUUUUAAGCGUCGAAACGACCAAGACUCUACUCUAUGGCCCAAGAAACUACAAGCACUCAGCAGCGAAGCCAUUCCUGUUUUUCUGCUUGCUUGGUAAUUCUAAACGAAGAUAGGAUACAGGGAUUUUGCAGUCUAGGAAAUUUUCUGACUGCCGGGCAUUUAGUUUUUUCAGAUCCUUCCUGGCUGCAGGGCAUAUAUCCAUAGCGUUUUUAUAAGGACUAUCAUCAAGCAAUUAUCUAUUCAUCUACUUUUGUUAUAAUGGUCCCUCUUAACUUGUGAAUUGCAGGGCAGAACCACAACCAUGCGCUAAAACUGUGGCAAACAGAGGCUUAUCUCAGAGGGCCACUGUAUAGAGGAAAUUGAAGAAGAAUUUCGAUUCAUUUCUUUUUAUAACAACGACAAUAAUUCCUUUUUAUAGCUGGCCGUAGAUUUCCUUGUAUCAGUCGAACAAAUGUAAGAAGCGAGAAUAAAACGCCGUGUAAGCUAAGUAUCUUUGUAGUUACAAGGGAGAAUGCAGCCGUUUUAAGCAGCUGUGAGACUUUGUUUUCAACAGGCACGUGUCUGAGUAGCCCUGUGCAUUUUGGAAAACACUUGAAAAAGAUAUUUACCAAUCGACAAGAAUAUGUCAAUGGGUCACUGUUAUCUAAGUCAAUUUGAAAUAUUACGCAUGCUUUAAAGACGUGGUGUAUGGUUAUAGUUAUUGUAGCUUAUGGUUUAGGCAUGCAAUUUCUAGAAACAAAUCUGUGACUUGUUAUUCACACACAUUUAAAUUCAAUAGCUACGGAAAAGAAUAAGUCUACAACUUUGUAAAUCUCCAAAUUAGUGAUGUUAUAUUUUUCAUGCGACCAACUCAUUAGAGAGUGUCUUUAAGAGAGGUUCGACUGUAACUUCUACACUUUUUCAUUUUUGUUUGCAGCGCUGUUGGUUCGAUUUACAACAGGAAGAUUUAUUCACGAGUACGAUCCCACACUUGGUAAGUUGUAUUUUUACUUGAUUGUACAAGUCUCUGUAUCUAUUUUUCUUUGCUAGCAGGGGGGCGGGUAGAGGGAGGGGCUUAUCGCUUUUUGUGGGUUUGAUCCAUAUCCGGCGAGUCCGCGGGAAAAACUUUUGGUCAAACGGAUAACAAUAAACCGAUAACGCCUGGCAAUAGGAAACACAAUAGAGAUAAGGUCUAUGCACGCAUGCGCAUAGGAUCAGGCAGCUGUCCUUAAUUUCAAUGGAACUUUCUUUUGUCUCUUUGUUUCUAUCCCAUUUUAUCUCGUGUCAAGCUGGUAUUAACAUCGCGUGUGUUUAAGUAAUUUGUAUCUUUACUGUGCUAUAAAUAUUACUGACAAAUAUUGUGACAGUGGCUAUUUUUGGGAUAGAGCUUAUCGUGGCCAAUAGCUAUUUUGAGACACCGUACAAAAUUUCAACGCGGUAACAGUUUCCAGGUGUGGAAGCAAUAGAAAAAAAAAGUUGAUCGUCUACACGGCCUCUAUAUUCUCCGUCCUAUUCUUGAACGAACAUUUAAGAAAGAUUAUAACUUCAAUACUUCAAUGUUUUAGCCUUAUAUUAGAUCUUAAGAUUCGUUAUAGUGAUGGAAUUUUUGCGUUUGACUUGACUUGUCAGUUGGAUUAUUCAUUUAUUUAUUUAUUUGACUAUUUAAACAUAUAAAUCCUAAGAAAUUUUUUCCAAGAGCAGGAGCUUUGGAAUAAAAUUAGUUAAAACCUUUGGAGCUGGGUUCGAUUCAUCACUGCCCACACCAACCCUCCAACCCCUUUUUCCCUCCACAUCAUACUUAGUCCAAACUUUUGUCAUUGUUGCAGAAUUGACCUAUGAUAUGUGUUACGAAGUUGACGAGGAGCCAGCGGUAUUACACAUCACCGACACAGCAAGCACGGUGAGUGAAGACUUGAUCAUGGACUGUUGUUUAUACGUACACAUUUACAAAGCAGUUUUUGUAAAUUUUUAACACUGCAAGUGUGGAAGUGGAAAACUUCGUUUCAAUGAAUCGGAAAGGAUUCAACUGUUGUUCCUUAAUAAUAAUGAACGAAUAUCAUUUAAAUAAAUAAAGAUCUCGUCACCUCGCAGAGCCCCAGACCUCUUGACCAGCGGAUGUUCUCCGGCAGACACGCUGGUAACAAGGAAAAAAUCCGAGAUUUUCAUUGGUUGUUCGUGAAAUGUUGUUUUCAUUGAUCGGGUGUUCGGCGGAAUUUUUUUUGUUUUUAUUUUGUUUUGUGAUAAUCCUAUUACCAUUUGUACCCUCACUGGAGAUCGAGCCUGUUCACAGGUCAUAGCAGUGUUUCCGCUAUAAAAUUCCAAAUCUCCAGGGUCCAUCCCGUCGACAAGCAUUCAAAGACAGAGAAGUAGUCACAUGAGCAUGUGUAAGGGUACAAGAAUAUAUCGAAACGGUUACAAAGCAAUAUAACUGCUUUAACAGAUUGGUACACCCCGGCUAAACUUGCCGAGAAAAACGUGUGCUGUGUACGUGCGGUGUACCCAAUAGCUAAUGCAUGUACCCAAGCUAAGAGGUUUUUCUUAACUUACAGUACUCCCAAUUAAUGUGGGCAAUUCUUUAUUUUUUUUUUAGCAUGAACCGGUGUAUUUGAGCCAAAACGAGGGUUUCAUUGUAGUGUACGCCAUCGACGAGCCGAGGACGUUCCAAACAGCAAAGCAGCUCAUAAAACUGAUCCGAGAAUUGAAGAAACAAAAAGGUCAACAAACAGCUAUUGUUCUUGUCGGGAAUAAGGUGGAUCUGAAUCACACCAGAUCAGUGUCCAAUGAAGAGGCUUUGGAGUUUGCAUCGGAAUACGAGUGUUUCUUUCACGAAACAUCAGCAGCUAAUAAUAUCAAUGUAAAAAUUGUCUUUCAGGACGCCGUAAGACAGUUGAGAGUACUUCAGUUGAACCGGAAGACAAAUGGACCCAUGAAUUCAAUUAAGAACUUUUUCUCGCGAUGA